CCCGUCCAUUCCCCCGUUUGCGCUGUUGACCCGUUGACCCGUUGACCUGUCGAAAGAGGCCCCCCUCCCAUCCCCUCCCGUCUCGACUUCCACCCAUCCAGUAGCUCUUCCAAUUCCAUCACCGCCAUCCCUCCGAUUUGCUUCCAGACAGACAGAUACGGGCGCGAACACUUACGUACAUCUCACACCACCUCUUCACUUGCCAUGUCCAGGUCCAGACUGCCUCUCGUCCUCGGCCUUACCGCCGCUGGCGGCAUCGGCUACUACCUCUAUAGUGCUGGUGGCGACCCCAAGGUUGCCCAGAAACAGGCUGAAGCCGACGCGAACAGGUUCAAAUCGGAGCUGCCCGGGCGCGGCGACGAGAUCAGACGGGACGCCGAGAAGUACGGCGCUCAGGCUGGCGCCAGGGUCGACGACGCCUUGAGCAAGGCGCAAGCCGAGCUCCGUAAGGCCACCGCCGAUGCCGAGGCCCACGCGAGGGACGCUAAGGCCGCCGCCCUCAAGAAAGUCGACGAGUUCGACAAGAAGAUCGAGGACGAGGCAUCCAAGGCUAGAGGCGGCAUCUCGAGCUGGUUCGGCGGCGGGGGCAAAUAAACCGGCGAGGCUCAUGCGUCGGGAAUCGAACCUGGCCGUCACGCAGUAAGGAGAUACGUUUAGAGAGGUGAGAAGGCGGAAAUAAGGGGCAGGACAUAACAAUCGAACUGUACGAUUGGUGGCAUUUGCGCGUAGCAAAGUCGCUAGAACUCCAAAACUUUUCUAUUCUCAGAAGCCCUCGAUGCUUAGGAAGUGUCGGUAUAAAGCUCUCU